ACCCAGCCUGCGACGUCGCUCCCAUGGCAACCCAAGAGUCCGCACAGUCCCGCCCGCCUGGGAGAUCACGGGCCUCCUUAUUUUAGGGGGUCCCAACGCCGAGUUUACGACACCGGGGUGGUCGACCCAGGAUGCCCAGUGAAACUCUCUGGGAAAUUGCAAAAGCAGAAGUGGAAAAACGGGGAAGCGGUGGAGGUGAAGGUGAUGGAGUUGAAAUUGGAGAAAAAUCUGUUUUCUUCAUUGGCAGUAAAAAUGGGGGAAAGACUACUAUUAUUCUAAGGUGUCUUGACAGGGAUGAGCCACCAAAACCAACCUUAGCUUUGGAAUAUACAUAUGGAAGAAGAACAAAAGGGCAUAAUAUACCAAAAGAUAUUGCUCACUUUUGGGAACUAGGUGGAGGGACCUCUUUAUUGGACUUAAUCAGCAUACCCAUCACAAGUGACACCUUACGGACAUUUUCUAUUGUUCUUGUUCUGGAUCUUUCAAAACCUAAUGACCUUUGGCCCACCAUGGAAAAUCUGUUGCAAGCCAUGAAAAGCCAUGUAGAUAAAAUGAUAAUGACACUGGGGAAGACAAAUUCCAAAGCAGCCUCUGAGAUGAGACAGAGGAUAUGGAGUAAUAUGCAGAAGAACCAUCCGGAUCGUGAAUUAGUCGACCCAUUUCUGAUACCUCUGGUCAUAAUUGGAAGUAAAUAUGAUAUUUUUCAGGAUUUUGACUCUGAGAAGAGAAAGGUUAUAUGCAAGACACUUCGAUUUGUUGCACAUUAUUAUGGAGCAUCAUUAAUGUUUACCAGUAAAUCAGAAGCUCUAUUACUAAAAAUACGUGGAGUUAUCAACCAGUUAGCAUUUGGCAUUGACAGAAGCAAAUCAAUAUGUGUGGAUCAAAAUAAACCACUGUUUAUCACAGCAGGAUUGGAUUCUUUAAGUCAAAUAGGAUCUCCUCCUGUUCCUGAUAAUGACAUUGGAAAGCUUCAUGCCCAUUCACCAAUGGAAUUGUGGAAAAAAGUGUAUGAAAGGGUCUUUCCACCAAAGAGUAUCAACACACUAAAAGAUACCAAGGACCCCGCAAGAGACCCUCAGUAUGCUGAAAGAGAAGUUGACGAAAUGAGAAUGCAGAAGGAUCAGGAACUGGAACAAUACAAAAGAAGUUCCUCCAAGUCUUGGAAACAAAUUGAGCUUGAUUCUUGAACAUAAUUCAACUAUAGUGUAUUUAUUUAUUCUUUCCCAAAUACAAGCCUUGGGCUGGCCACUGAGAACUAUAAUGAUGAAUGAGGCACUGCUGCUGCCCUCAAGAGGAUGCCAUCCUUUUAAAGGAAGGAUGCAAAGAAACUGAAUCAGUUAUCAAAAGUCUCCCAACAAAGUCAUAGGCCAGAUGGCUUCCCAAGGGAAUUCUACCAGACAUUUAAAGAAGAGUUAAUACCUGUUCUCCUCAAACUGUUCCAAAAAAUAGAAAUGGAAGGAACACUUCCAAACCGCUUCUAUGAAGCCAGCAUUACCUUGAUUCUAAAAUCAGACAAAGACCCCACUAAAACGGAGAAUUACAGGCCAAUAUCCCUGAUGAAUCUGGAUGCAAAAAUUUUCAACAAGAUACUAGAAAAUUGAAUUCAAAAGUACAUUAAAAGAAUUAUUCACCAUGAUCAAGUGGGAUUUAUUCCUGGGUUACAGGGCUGGUUCAGUAUUUGCAAAUCAAUCAACUUAAGACACCACAUUAAUAAAAGAAAGGAUAAGAAUCAUAUGAUCCUUUCAGUACAUGCAAAAAAAGCAUUUAACAAAAUACAGCAUAUUUCUUGAUAAAAAUCCUCAAGAAAGUAGGAAUAGAAGGAACAUACCUUAACAUCAUAAAAGCCAUAUAUGAAAGGCCCACAGCUAAUAUCAUCCUCAAUGGGGAAAAACUGAGAGCUUUCCCCCUGAGAUCAGGAACACGACAGGAUGUCCACUCUGACCACUGUUGUUCAACACAGUACUGGAAGUCCUACCCUCAGCAAUCAGACAACAAAAAGAAAUAAAAGGCAUACAAAUCAUCAAGGAAGAAGUCAAACUUUCACUCUUUUCAGAUGACAUGAUACUCUACAUGGGACACCCAAAAGACUCCACCAAAAAACUGCUAGAACUGAUAUAAGAAUUCAGCAAAGUCGCAGGUACAAAAUCAGUGUACAGUAAUCAGCUGCAUUUCUAUAUGCCAGUAAUCAAUCAGCAGAAGGAAAUAUCAAGGAAUCAAUCCCAUUUACAGUUGCACCAAAUACUAUAAAAUACCUAGGAAUAAACCUAACCAGAAGUAAAGGAUCUGUAUGCUGAAAACUACAGAAAGUGUACGAAAGAAACUGAAGACACAAAUGUAUGGAAAAACAUUCCAUGCUCAUGGAUUGGAAGAACAAAUAUUGUCAAAAUGUCAAUACUACACAAAGUAAUCUACACAUUCAGUGCAAUCCCUAUCAAAAUAACAACAGCAUUCUUUACAGAGCUAGAGCAAAAAAUCCUAAAAAUCUGUAUGGAACCAGAAAAUAUCCCAAAUAGCCAAAUUAAUGUUGAAAAACAAAACUAAAGUGGGAGGCAUCACAUUUCUAGACUUUAAGCUGUAUUACAAAGCUGUAAUCAAGACAGUAUGGUACUGGCACAAAAACAGACACAUAGAUCAAUGGGAUAGAAUACAGAACCCAGAAAUGGACCCACAAAUAUAUGGCCAACUCAUCUUCAACAAAGCAGGAAAGAGUAUCCAAUGGAAAAAAAGCCUCUUCAGCAAAUAGUGCUGGGAAAACUAAACAGCGACAUACAAAAGAAUGAAACUGGACCAUUUUCUUACACCAUACACAAAAAUAAAUCCAAAAUGGAUGAAAGACCUAACUGUGAGACAGGAAAGUCAUCAAAAUCCUACAGGAGAAAACAGGCAGCAACCUCUUUGACCUUGGACGCAGCAACCUCUUACUUGACAUGUCUCCAGAGGCAAGGGAAAUAAAAGCAAAAGUGAACUACUGGGACCACUUCAAGAUAAAAAACCUUCUGCACAGCUAAGGAAACAAUGAACAAAACUAAAAAGCAACUGAAGGGAUGGUAGAAGAUAUUUGUAAAUAACAUAUCAGAUAAAGAGUUAGUAUCCAAAAUCUAUACAGAACUUCCCAAAC